AUGGAAGGAGACACUAGGACACAGAGAAAGAGAGAAAGAGAGAGACAGAAAAAGAAAUAAACAGAGAAUUUUUUUGAAUUAACAGAGAGAGAGAGAGAGAGAGAAGAGCGUUGUGAAAAAAAAUGGGAGAUGUUGUGUUGUUUGUGGAUGAUUUGAAAUCAAAUUAUGCAAUUUCAUACUGUAGAAUUUGUCACGAAGAAGAAUUAGAGAGCUGUAAGAGCUUGGAAGCUCCUUGUGCUUGUUCAGGAACCGUUAAGUUUGCACACAGAGAUUGCAUACAGAGGUGGUGCAACGAGAAGGGGAGCACAACCUGUGAAAUAUGUCUCCAGCAAUAUGAACCAGGAUACACGGCACCUUCAAAGAAGUCUCAGCUGAUUGAUGCAGGGGUAACAAUUAGCAGAGAGAGCCUGCAAAUUCCAAGAAGAGAGGAAGAGGAGGCGGAGGAAAUAAGCCCAAGGUUGGCGGCCGUGAGCGAGUACUCGGAGUGCACGUCCGGGGAAAACAGAGGCGCGUCUUGCUGUCGAACGUUGGCGCUGAUUUUUACAGUAAUCUUGCUAGUGAGACAUCUCUUUGCUGUGCUUAGUGGUGGAACGGAAGAUUACCCCUUCACACUUCUUACUGUACUUAUUCUAAGGGCUAGUGGAAUUAUUCUCCCAAUGUUGAUAUUGAUGCGGACAAUCACAGCCAUUCAUAAUAGCCUCCGGAGUCAGUAUGAGGAUACCGAUGAUGACACCUCAAACUUCGAGGGAGACGGCGAAGAAGACGAACAGCAGCAUCAUGCAGUCUAAUGCUGCUCUUUAUUUAUGAUCUUUCGUUGGUUGAAUUGUAUCAGGGCAUUAUAUCAUUGCUCACUUUGUCAAAACUCCAUUUUUGGGGGGUUUACAAAUGAAAAAGGAAAAAAAAAAAAAAAAAGCAUUCUUUCUAGAUAUUCAGGUAGAGUAGAUCCCUGUUUGCACUAUCAAGUUCGGUAUAUAACAGAUUUCUUCUGCCCCACCCACCACCCACCCAAAGAUUUACCCAAAGAUUAAAAUAAAACACUAAAAGAUGGAAACAUUGCAACAGCUACACUGGCCAGUUGGAUUAACGACCUAACUUUUACCUAUAUAUAUUCACUUCAAAAACAAGCAACCCAAGUCCUAAAUAAAUGAGCAAAAUGCCAACAACCUUUUGGUUUGUUGGCUAAAAGUUGAACCCACUACAUUGACACUGACAUUCAACUGUUGUUUACAGCAGGAACACCACUUUCCUUCCAUUUCAGGCAUAAACAACUAAGCUUGCUUCGAAAUUUUCUCACAUAAUUUCUAUACAAAAAUGUUGGUGUGUCCAACUUACCAGAAAGUCUGGCGGAAAUCGGGUUAGACUUGAGUCGUUCGAAUCGUCCGAUUCUAUCUCACAUGUUCUAUCAAGCACAGGCAGAGAUUUGCCUCACAUCACAUCAGGUGAUUUUGAAGUAUGAAAGCAGUGCUCCAACAAAAUUGGCAAUGACUUGGUACCGUCCAAGGUAGAUUCUGAAUAUACAUAAUUAACUGCUGAAGGGCCACCAAGUCUCACAAGGCAAUAUUUUCAAUCAGUUCAAAUUUUCUGUAGGAGUAUUUGUGCUCUAUGUUGAAGUUCAGUCAGGGAGCUAGUGCCAAUGCUCUCAGGAGACUUGUGCCAACUCAAAUUUGCUGCAAUAUCCAUAAACUUUUGGACAAAUUCUACCAUUUCGUCAACCAAA